AUGGCCAAUACGGAAUCAUUUGAGGUUGAAACAGAUGAUUGGAUUACUGAUUCAUUACCAUUAAAUGAAGAAGAAGCAGAAAUACCUCCACCAAUACCGCCAAAAGAAAUUACAUCAUCAAUAUUUUUGCAACAACAACAACAACAACAACAAAAUUCACAACCUCAAUUAUCAAAGAAAUUAAGAAAAAAUGAAAACGAUAAUAUACUGAAGAAUCAAACUAAUGAUAUAUUACAAAAAUUAAAACAAUCUGAAGAUUCUUCAAGUAUUAGAUCAUCAAUUCAAUUAUCUACAACAUUUCAAAAAACUCCUUUAAAUCCAUUAACUACAAAAGAAGAUGCAAGUUCAGUUGUAUCAAAAGAUUCAAAUAAUGGUAAUAAUAUGAAUGGUAGUAACAAUAAUAGUGAAAGUGAAAAUGAUAAACAACCAAAAUUUCUUAAAAAUUUACAAGAAUUUGAUGCAAAUAAUCAAUUACAAAAAAGCAAUAGUAAUAAUAGUAAUACAGAACUACAACCAUCAUUAGAUGAAGUCAAAUUAGCAUCUCCCAAAAUUAUAACUUAUAGAAAAUCAAAAAGAACUUCAAGUGAUGUAACUUUUGAUUCAAUUGGAUCAACUAUACCAACAACUCCACCCCCAUCAAGUAAAUAUGAUACAAGAUUAUAUUCAGAUGAAUUUUAUAAAGAUUCAAAAUACAGAUUAGCGAUAAUGAAAAGAAAUAUAGAAUUUCAUCAAUUAUUUAAAUCAUUAGAUUUAACUGAUAGAUUAUUAGAUGAUUUUUCAUGUGCAUUAAGUAGAGAAAUUCUUUUACAAGGUAGAACUUAUAUUAGUGAAAGUUAUAUAUGUUUUAAUUCAAAUUUAUUAGGUUGGGUUACAAAUUUAGUUUUAAAAUUUGAGGAUAUUAUAAAAUUUGAAAAAAGAUCAACUGCAGGUUUAUUUCCAAACGGUAUUAGUAUUGAAACAGAGGAUGGUUCAGUACAUACUUUUGCAAGCUUUUUAUCUAGAGAUCAAACUUAUGAUUUAAUGAUAACGGUAUGGAAGGGUAAAACAGGUAGAGUCAAUCAAGAAAAUCAACCAAGAAUAAGUGAAGAUCAAGCAAAUCAAGCAUUACAAGCCAUAACGGAAAACAAUAACGGCCAAUCACCAAGAAUACAAAACUAUAUAAUGUCAUUAGAUGGGGAUGAUGACGCAGUACUGAAAAUAGAAGAAGAGGAUGAAGAAGAAGGAGAUUUAUCAGAUGAAGAAGAAGAAGAUGAAGAAGAUCAUAUUGAUGAAAAUGAGGAUGUUGAAUCACUUCGGAAUGGAGACGCAUUAACACCAACUAAAACACUAUCCAAAAUUGUAAAAUUAAAACCUGAAAGUAAAUAUUCGAAUAAAGGACCAGAUACUCAUUCACCAACAACUGCAAAAUAUACAAAAUUCCCACAAGAGAUAGAAUUAAUAGAGGAAAACAUACAAGCACCAGUGGGUAUAGUAUUCAAUAUAUUAUUUGGAACACAUGAUGAAUUUCAAAAGAAUUUCUUGCUAAGUCACGAUGGACUGGAAAUAUCAGAAUUUGUCGAAUUUAGACCUUCAUAUGAUGAUCCAACAGUACUAGCUAGAGAAUAUACAUAUAGAAGAAGUUUAGGUUAUUCAAUAGGUCCUAAAUCAACUAGAUGUGAAGUCACAGAAACUAUUGAACAUUUAAAUUUUGCUGAUUACAUUGUAGUUACAACAACAACUCAAACUCCUGAUGUACCUUCAGGUUCUGUAUUUCAAGUUAAAACUAGAUAUGUUUUCACAUGGGGAGAUAAUAAUUCGACAAAUUUAUUAAUUAGUCAUUAUGUUGAUUGGAAAGGGAAAUCAUGGAUGAAAUCAGUAAUUGAAAAACUGUCCCUAAGUGGUUCAACUACAAUUGUAAAUGAAUUAAUAAAAGAAUUAAAAGAUGAAAUUAGGAGAAAUACUAUAAGUGAUACAUUACUUAAAUCUCCAAAAAAGAAGAAAGUCAAGAUCAUAGAUGAAAAACAAUCAAAACUAUUAACUCCAACUACACAAAAUACAGGCACAACCACAAUAACCACAGAAAUACUAAAUAUUCAAAAACUAGAUAUUUUAAUAAUCCUAGCAAUAAUUAUAGUAUUCUUACAAUCAUUAAUACUAUACGGUAUAUAUAUAAAGUAA